AUGGAUAGCAGAGCUAACCGUCUGAUUUGUGAAACGACAUAUUCCACACCUCUUUCCAAGGGAAAGUUUCGAACCUGCUUGCAGUUGAAGGUUCUGCCGAUCCGUCGAACCCUGGAAGUCACUAUGUACAUUUCUUUUGACAGAGUUCACACAGAACAGUUUGCCGAGAAAUUAUAUUUAAGUGCAAAUUUUAUUAAUCUUGGUUAAUCAGUUGUCAUACUGAAUUAAAAGCUAGUACUGCCCCAACUUCAUGCCGCAUAAUGUUUACUUUUUCAAGUUGUCGAUACCGGCAUGUAGCCGCGUCAGUUUGGAAAAAUAUUUCCUACAAAAUGUGACAAACCGAACUUCGCCAUCACUAAUUUGAUAAUAUAAAACUUAUAAUUAGGGAGUAUGUCAUUUUAUAUUUACACUUCAUGUCGUUUAGAUUUGCAAAUCUUCACUUGUCGGGUAUGUCCGAAUUUUAGGUAUUUUUGGGAAAAGCCGAUAUGUAUCGAGGAAAUGAACGCCGUAUCCUCCCUAGACUCGAGUAUUUCUUCUCAAGCAGAUACUGGAGUACAAUCUAAUGGAAGUCAGUCAGAUGGUAAGAUCUAUCUUGCUUCGAAAUACAUGCCGAAUUUAUGGUUGCCAUACAUGAAAUAUGGAGGAGUAUUCGUUCAUUUUCGGUCCUUCCCAAUCUGAAUAAUAUUCGUAUUUUCCCCUCUCGGGAUGUCUUUUAAUCUACUCUUAUUUCGAUACAUAUUAAAGGAAGUCUUUGGGAAAUUAUACAGUCAUUUUAAUCCAAUUUCAGUACCAAAGAGUUGUCAAAGUCAUCUUGCUGAAACCUCCAUAUCUAAAUGAGAACAUCAUCCAGCAUAAGUACGAUGUGUCACCCUGCAGGACGAUGGUCAAUAGUGCAGCUCGUAGCAGGUCUUCAUGCCGACAAGCAACGGAAGCAUGGCCACUGCUAAACUCGACUUUAGUCAGUCAUGUGUUUAAACAGUUUGAGUGUUUUUAAGUACCAGCCACUCAGGAUAGGAAGAACAGGGUCAGUUUCAAAGAUGACGUCUGCAUGUUAGUGGUUCCGACCUUUGAGUUUUCAUGUAAGUGAGGGAUCAUUGUAUACUAGCAGAAUUCGUAAUAUAUCCUCGAUCUUUGAAAAUGCUUCUCCUUUUUUGCAUAACGUUUGUUGAAAUUUAUUGAAAUCUUUCCUACUUGUUUUGCCAGAAAAACCGGCCUACGAUGGACUACGGGAUCCGACAUUCUCACCUUUUUCAACCAGGCAGGCCGUAAGCCCACACAGUUUCACUGUUCAAUCUGCCUUACUAUUUAGCCUUACUAUAUUGAGACCCUUAGCAGAGUCAGAUUUCUUUUUAGUGGCCUCACAGCGUACACCUUAGUGCCGUCUGGUGGCCGCCUGUUAUUCAGCAGAACAGUCCGCUCUUUGUGGUUCUUAGGCCACAUAACGCUAUCGACGUCGUAAAACCAGGCUGCAGCCAUCACGGCCACAACUUUGUCGUUUACGAAUUCAUUUACAGGAAACUUAUACACUCAGAUGCACAAUGCAAACGAGAAUCACGAUGCACGGGCAGUGUGCAAUAAGGCGAUCAGAAAAAACGGCCGUCAAUAUCAAAGGGAACGUAUUUAUAAAUGACGUCUCAGAGGGCAGCAGUUGAAGGAAUGUCUCAUAUACGGCAGGUUUUAAGCAUAUACAAGGAGAAAGAGGGAAGAGAUGUUGCGAAAAGGUCCUCACAGCCAAGGAACAGGUGGUACGCUAUGCCGGUAGUAGACACUGAUGUCCGUGGGCACUGCCUAUUUCCGAUAAGGAUGGGCGAGACUCAGGUAAUAGUGACAUGCAGAUCGGAUGCAGCCAUACGAGCGGCAUUGGCGGGUCAGCCAUCACAUAAAGCGUGUCAUAUUAGGAGAGCUAUGUGCAUGACUUCCCAGGCUCUGAAGAUGGGUAGAAGAAACGACUGCUCGAAACGUCAGAUCUCCAAUGCACCUCUCCCGGUGAACGCUUCAUUUUCUUUUGAAGUGCCACAUUGUCGGGCGGUUCAUUUGACAGAACAAACUCCGUGGAAAACAGGGCUGGAUCCGCGAAGCAGGCUAAAUGACUGUGCCACUCCCUCAUCAUCGUCCAACAGCAUAGGGCAUGCCGGCAUCUCAGACAAGCGCCUUUCAGAAAAGCGCUUGGAAACCAGCGCGACUGCGUUAGUUGGCCCUUUUACACUGAUAUGGACAUUUUUAAGAAGGACUCGGAAGGAAAUGCCGAGAAGUUAUCCAGCACUCCAAAUCGAGUAACAGUGUUAUGCAGGUGAAGCAGGCCAUGUUCAUUGUAAAUAUUUUUGGAAGGACUGUACAAGGUAGGGAAAUCUGUAAGAAAGCUAUUUAACAGAAGCCGGCCGUAUUCUCUCCAGGAUACAUAUAAUGUCGGAUUACAAAAUAUGUAUACUGUCAGGGAAAAUGGCAAAAAGUGUUUAUAGCGGACUUCGCCUAUAGAGGAGGACAAAACGACAGGGCCUAUAUACCGUAGAAAUUGCUGUAUUCGGCAGCCUUCCAAAACUCUAGACAAUCGAUUGUUCUACACUUACGGGAAAACUCUUCCGGCAAAUAUUGGCUGAAAAUUAUAAUUGGCGCAUUUAAUUAAUUAGAGUAUUUGCUGGAUCCCGUACGCCAAAUAUUCAGCAAAUCCCGCAUGACGCCGAGGUAAACUAGGUGCAUAUAGUCAAGUGGGAAGGAGUCAACCAUAUUGAUGGGUAAACCCUCGAACGGAGACCUGCCCUUAUGGUGCAGUUCCUGACUACGCAACCUGAAUGGCCUAUCGUUGCGCAGACGCCUGCUUUAUGCUGGGAACGUCAUGCGAUUCGCAAUAAGCUUGUCCAUGUGGAAACACCUGCGGUUUUUCUAGUUAAAUCUGCGAAACAACAUACAUCUCACACCUGUAAUAGCCAUUGCGAGCUUUAACUUCCCGCACAUAACAGUGGGCAGGUGUGUCGCAGAUGACAUUGGCGAAGUCCACUUUCACGAUAUUUUCCGUAUAUGGAAUACGCAGAUCACUGGUCAGUAUGUCUCUCAUCUCGCCAACACAUUCGCCCGGGAAGUCAUCCAACGGAUCGGGCUUACCGUGACCGGAAAACACUCCAACAAUGAAGGGCUGACUAACAACCGGAUGGCGAACACGAGCAAGAAUCGGCCACAGGCACUGACUAGACCCCUUGAAAAUCUUCAUUCCGUCACUAGGCAGUUGGAUGUGCAUUUCAGGAACGGUCGUUGCUGGCAGACUGUACAGUUGAUCCAGAAGACCACGCUCAAUAACUAAAAGGACAUAGAUGCCCUUGGUCAGGGGUCUGCUAAUGCAGGUUCAGGGCGUUUGCUCAUGUCCUUGGGCCUUUGGCUACUUCUGGAUGGUAGGGCCGCAGCAUCCUAACCAACUUCUUUGUUGUGAAUAGUGGCAUUUGGGCCUCCAAGCAGAAUUCCCGUAAAUCCGUCGGGAAGCACUUGCCUGCGACUGCGUUCUCAUUUAUAUCUACGGGUUCUUAACUUUCUAGUAAGUAACAGUAAGAUGCCUACCCGUAUAGACUUCUGGGACUUGCUCGGGUACUUCUAAUUCAAGUGGGUGGUCUACCACCGACGACGUAGACGGAACGGAGGGAUUCUUCAUCAGCGCCUAAUAUGCUAUCUUGUCAAGCGCAGUCUGCUGUACAUUGUCUCCAACGAUAGCCGUAAUACUUGCGUCUCACGAUUGCCUCUGGUGGUGGAUAAAAACAGCAUACAAAAAAAUUUAACUGUAUUUUAAACACUUACUGUGAGAUUAGAGUUGCCAUUAAGUUAAUAAGCCUACUUCCCACUUGUAUAACAUGAAAUAUAUUAUUAGUGGCGUACGUAAGACCACAAAGGGGCGACAGACAUUAAAUCGACGUGGGACGACGUACCGCUUUGUCACGAGCAUCCCAGCCAUAAUGAGACUGCAGUAAUCCCGCUCGGCAGAACAGUAGAUAAAUGGCGUCCAAGUAGCUCACUUAAACAAAAACGUUCUAAUCGGUUCGCUGUACAAACCGAUUAGAACGUUUUUGUUUAAGUGAGCUACUUAUCUUCCCCCAAGAAAUGAGGCCUUAGGGCACUAUCUGGGUGAAUUAACGCAUAUUUAGGUAAAUGUGGAACAUGUAAACGCAAAAUAUUCCGUUUCAGCGGUUGAAAUGCCCCUUGAAAUUUUUCAAAAUAUGGCGUGGCCAUGGCCACCUCCACCCACACUUGGCCACACCCACAAGGUGGGGCCAUGUGUUGGCAGAGGCCAGGCAGAGUCUUUUAAUAUUUGUAUCAAAAGUCCAACAAAACGUUCAGCAAAUAAGAGUAAAUGCGUCCGGGAAUGCCUGAUGACCUGCCUUGAGCGAAAAACUAUAACUUCUUCCAUCCUGGUGUGCAUAAAGCUUUGGAGAAUGUUUCUCCAACCUUUUAGAAGAAUGAGGUUUUUUGAAUUUUAGAACGGUAAAUGAAUUGUGGUUGUAUGCGCUUCCUUUUGGAUAGUUUCAGCUUCAUGUCUUUCUUUAGCUCGUAGAUAAUUGCAAGGCGCAAAACGUCGCUCGUUUAUGCCCUGUCUUGAUAUUACCACGCGACUUAACCACCUUGCACUUGCUAGUUUAUUAUCCACCUGGCGCAUAUUCAACGAAUCUAAGCACAACAAACGUGUCAAACACUUUUCACGAUGUUAUAACGUUUUAAUGAGCUAUAACUUAAUAGGUUAACACUUUUUGCGUUUGCCGACUUAUUCACUAAUUCAGUGAAAUAAACUAUCAGAUAAAAUGACUUGCAGAGACUGGGUUCGCCCCAAACUCUGUUUUUUGUGCAUUUAUCGUGAAUUUUUUGACCAGCAGUUCAGAUUCACGCACAGGUGUUGUUUCAAGACUUAAUCGAAUGAACGCCUCUGUAUAUCCGCAUUUUCUUAGUACGAGGAUUCGACGGACUUAGAAGUGAUUUCGUCAGCAAUUGAGUCAGAACAAAAAGAAUGCAUCUGUUCGCCGCCCUUCAAAAUACAACGGGUCGCGGAAUUCACAUACACCGUAUGUUAAGAUUUUCCUCUUUUCGUGCGAGCGUUCCGUUUACAUUAAGUUAAUUUCCGUUCAGUCCAGAACUGGCUCAAAUGCAUCCAUGGCUCUCAUAUUUUGGUGGGUAAAAUAUACAUAUCAGUGUGUGGGGGUCCUAAAGGCAAACAGUCCACAGUAAAAUCUUCCUAGGCAUUUGGCGUGGAACCUUUAGUAAAACAUAGUAGCAAAACCGUCUUCCGUUUUUUUGUUUUUCAUCAAGUUUUCUGUUCUACAGGUUGAUUUUAUCGUGAAUAAUAUCUUCUAUUUGCCAGUACUGUGUAGAUUGAAAUUACUUAUCGAAAAAACGAGCGACAUUUUAAUUUCCAUUCAAAUGGGCCUUAGACCCUUAGUCGAAAAAGGAAACUGGACCGCCAGCCUGUCAUAUUUCUUUCAGCAUCCCUAUCAUUGGAAGUCCACAGUUUAAAAACUGUGCUCAGAGUUUAUACAAUUCUACAAUCAUCUAAUAUACCCAUGUUAAUGAUGACUAGCACGACUUACCAUCCCUGGGUCACUGUUGUAGAGGGAUUUGCCUCACGAGUAAGAGGACUUUUAUGAGCUGUUUGCAGCGUUAAACUCGUUAAUGGUAGCAUCCCAAUAGCAACAAAUACGUUAGUAGCUCCCAGUUUUGUCGUCUUGUGUGAUUUAAAAGUGUUCACGGCUUCUAUUUCACAAAAGGAUUUAGAUACCAUGCAAAUACUUCACUCUGCAAAAAUUACAUUUGGUUACUAUGCUAAAAAGCGGACGACUGUGUUUCCAUAUUGUGACCAAAAACAUCAUAUUUUACGCUAAGAUGCGUGAUUUUAUAACGUAACUUCUCACGGGCCCUUACGUUCUCAAGGAAAAACCAAGAGGAAGUUUUUAAGAGACACUUUGAAAAAUUUGAAUAAUUUGGCUUUGAUAUUUUCGGAACUUCAAGAGUUUUCAGUUUGCUUGUCGGUGUUUAUUUUGUUUCGCGUAAAAAUAUUUUAAACGGUCUCCAUUUUCUUCAUUAUACCUGACUGCUAAAUCUUUUUCGCACUUCCAUAAAGGCUUUUAUUCUUUUUUAAUAGUUUGGAAGAAGCCGGCUUACGCACUUGGUUCGAUUUUACAACAAGAACAUCAUGGUUCGUGUUGGAGGGGGAUGGGAGGAGUUGGGAGCAUUUCUUAGGAAAAAAGACCCUUGUCGAAAGAGGGAAGGCUUAACACUGUGUUUUUGAUUCCUUGUUGUCUGCGUAAUCUAUAGUACACUGCAAAUGGCUUAUUUAAUUUUAACUUAUUUCCUCAUAAGAUUGCAUAUAGCCUGUCCACUCGUUCGGUCUCUGGCGCUCUCUUGAAGAUUUUUCCCUGUAGGAAAAGUGUCAUGACAAUUAAUCUGUUGAAAUUUUAUUUUCUCCACUUUAGGGGUUCUCUUGUGUCACGGACAAAACUAACUUGAUUGUUAGUCAACUAGAUCCGAGAAAAGGGUUUUGUUGAGAAUGCUUACUCAACUGUGCAUUUUUGCAUUUUUUUGUAAAAUGGGAGACAUUUUCACAGGUUUGUGUAAUUACAAGACUUUCCAUGUACGUGUCUGCGAAUUUUGUAAUAAAGCAUCACAGACUUGCUUUUCUGGACUGUCUCGCUUGUGGAGUGAAAAAAAACGAAGUAUAUUUCCUUCCCGAAAAUAAAACUUCGAGACAAAUUUAAGCGCUAUACCAAUUGAAAUCCUGUGAAUUCUGUCGACUCCGCAAAGAAUUAAUUGAUAGAUUGUAGGUUUACUUCGGAUCAUACGAUUCCUGGUAAUUCAAUUACUGGCUGACCCCCCGAAACUGAUCUUAUCCUUUGUUAAGUACGAAAGCCGGUUAGAAUCACUCCUUUAUUCGUAUCCGGGGGAUAACACGCACUUAGCUAGUUGUCUUGAACGAGGGGUGGCGGUAGAUUUGUUUAGACUCGUUGCAAAACAUACAUCUGACAUCUGUGAAUUCCGCUUUAUCAGUCUGCAUUUUCCAUGUGUAAUUUAAAACUGCUUUGGAAAGAACUUCGUGCCUUGAAUGGGAUCUCAUCCCGUGUUCCGUUCAGUUACUUCCUGCCGCUCAUCCUCUGCGUGUCAUGCAGGUCAGGAUAAGGAAAGUAUUCAUACUUUAGACAACAUCUCUUUUUACUAUCGUACUAUCUCAAGUGGUGCGGAAUUUCACCGUCCGGUAAGCACUUGUUUCCGUAGACUGGCUUUACUCGCUUAAGGCAAACCAUCACCUAUGCACUUCCAAACAACUAGUAAAAGUCUGACAAAUCGUAAUCCAUGCGGUCCGUUCAACGCACUUCGUAUGAAGCCCAGUCUUAAAGUGGAAAAUUGAUAAUUGUUCUGAUUUUCACUUUUGCUCCUUUCUGUCAUGGUCGCUGUGUCCUCAGCUUCUGCUUCCACUUGCUGGCUAUAGCUGAUUCUGCCGAUUAAGCAUGUUUAUCUAUCAUGGCAGAAGAUUUUUGCAAUCUAUAACUGGGGCACGAAAGCAUCGUUCAUUUGAUGUUUCAGUCCUGAGAGUGUUUGGACUACUCGUCCCAACGUUACCUUUGUCAAUGACUUCAAAACUUCUGCCAAUUUUUCCGAGGGACCCUACUUAUGAUAGAAGUCACAGCGGAGGUUCAGAUAAGAGAGUUGGUUUGUUUCUGGCCAGUGGCUAUAUUUCCAAACUACUCAACAAGCAAAUCCUUCGUCGUUUUUAUUGCAGGCGUUAGUGACUGGCGGUAUAGGUUCACGUUUAAGAAUUGAUCAGUAUGCUGGAACCGCAGUUCUUUCUAGAGGUUUUGUAAAACCUGGUGAGUUUUUCCGGUUGUUUGCACAAAGAGGCCCUGUGUGUUUGUACUCGUAGAAUGGCGAUGCCGGCAAUCUUUAAAACUAGUUUACUUAUACUGCCUAAUCAGACUGAUUAGCAACAGGCAAUUCUGUAGGACAUAUGACGUCAUGUAGAAUUCACAUCUAACAUGUUCUGGCUAGUUUGGUGGUUUCGAGGAUCAAAAUCCAAAGAAACAGUUGAGCACCUCAAAAUAGUUAGGACAGUUCGAUGUCCUUUGCCUAAUAAACCAGCUGGAUGAAGGUGUUGUCAUUGAAUUUGCUACGAGCUUAUUCAAAGCCCCAGGGCUUAAACGCUGAAAGCGUUUCAGUCAGGACCUACACCUAAUUCCCUAUGCCUCAGCACAUAGAUUAGGCCUAGAUUAUGAUUUUGAUAGACCCAAGAACUUUUUCUCGUUAAUGGCCGCUAAAUCCAACUAUCUUAAAAAUGUUGACGCCCCGGCUGGCAUCUACUGGUCCAAGGGCGCCAAUUAGAAUUCUUGCCGUUCCCUUUUGAUGUUAUUGUUGUUGUUGGCGGUGGUGGCGGUGGUGAUGGUGGUUGACGAAGUUGCGCGGGUAGUCAUUGGCUUUGGGUACCCGCGCAACUUCGUCAGCGGAUGCAUACGCAAAAGGGACGAAAGGCCUAACCGCACGGACACCAAGUCCUGGCAGGCGCUUACGUAUGUCAAGAACGUUGCGGAAGCUGUCGGCCGCCACCUUGCACCACUUGGGGUUGGAGUUGCACACAGAUCGGAGGCAGCCAUCAGGCGUCUGGUAAUGAAACCAAAAGAUCCGCUGCCACGGCUUCAAACGUCUGGAGUCGUUUAUCGGAUCUGGUGCAGUUGCGGACAAAGGAACUACGUCGGAGAAACCAGAAGACAGCUCCGAACGAGAAUGGCCGAACACGCUGCAACGGUGCGGAGAAGUGACGCCGGCCCUCAAGUUGCGGCUCAUUCGACGAGAUCCGGCCACACAUUCAGAUUCGACGAGGCCGAAAUUCCCGCAAGAGGUGACAACCGCGUGAUCCGGGAGCUACUUGAAUCAUGGUUUACUGGCCCCCAGUACAUUAACAAGUGCAAUGAACUUCCCCUUCCAUACUUGGUGCUGAGACUUCGCCUGGGCGGAGUAAUCAACUAUGCUGAGAGCGCACAGGUGAACACUUUUCCCAACACCAGGGUCGCUACGUCAGAUGGUCGAGCAAUCAUCACACCAACAUCCAACACACGUAAAGAAAGUGCGGAAAUUAACGACGCGAAUGUCGGCCAUCAAACAAUUAGCACACCAAGUGCGACGAUCUCGUCUGAAAGGGUGGAGGCGUGAAUGUUCAUAGGUAUGCAGUAGCAUGGCGACUGCGUCCUAUAAAUACUGCAGCCCCUUGUGCAUGAACCACCAGUAUCUGCUGUUGUCUCUGAUGAUGGGUUAGAGCAGGACUCUGAAACGUCAGUCUAAUAAAGCUCUAGUCCCAGCGAUCGUGUCUCCUUCUUCUUCAGAGCUCUCGUGAUCAUCGCCGGGGGGUCGUAAUUAAGGCGACGAUGGCUCGUCAGUCCGCGUCCGAGUCGUUACUUGUUGCAAUUUCAUCAGCCGUGUUUGACGUUGACACGGUGAUUACUCGGCCAUUUGGCCCGCUGUCACCAGGAUAGUUGAGCGCCCGCGCCCUCAACACGGGACUGAUUUCCCUGCUCAGGGAAUGUCUCAGCACUGAAUAUGGUACUGGGGGAUCAUUGAGCUUGUUGAUGGAUUGCGGGCUUGAGAACCAUGAUUCGAACAGCUUGCAACUCGCACGGUUGUCAGCUCUUGCGAGGAUUUCGGCCUCUUUAAACUUUAAAAUAUGACCGAGUUCCGUGGAACGAGCUUCCAUCUGAGAGCUGGCGUCUUUCCUCCUCAUCGUUGCUGCGUGCUCAGCCAUGCUGGUUGUUCACUCCCUCCUCCAUCGUAAACUGAAUGUCCAGGACGACGGCGUUGAGACGUUUUUUGAAUGACAGCACCCGGUGCGAUUCCAGCAGUGCAUGAACUGUUAAUUUGCGGUGAAUAGGAGACAGGUAUCUCAAAGCGACAGCGAUAACGAUCUCGGAUGCAGACUGCCGCAGCGUCGAGGCGGUCCUAAAAUAGAUGGAGUCGCUGGUUUUCCGACACCACAAACCGAAAUUCUGGACUUGGUAUGUGGAUGAUACCUUCAUCGUCAUCGAACGGCGUCAGGUGCUGACAUUCGAUGAACGUCUCAACGCCUCCUUCCUGGACAUUUAAUUGACGGUAGAGGAGAAAAAAGAACAACCAACUGGCCUUUCUGACUGCUGUCGUUUGCCGCAAAAAUUGUGGUGGCCUAAAAACCAAAGUGUUCAGGAAAGCGACAGACACGGCGCAAAUACUGAACUUCAACAGUAACCACCCGAUCAAUCGCAAACGCAAUUGCGUAAGGGCGCCAUACCGGCACGUUGAGACGCACUGCAGUGAAAUGGAAGACAAAGUUGCUGAAUUGCAAUAUCAUCGACGGAUACUGAGAGCCAGUGGCUACCCACGCAACUUUGUCAGCCAAUGCGUAUACAGACGAAACCAGAAAUCAAACUCGACCGAACCAAAAUUUUGGCGAGCGCUUCCGUACGUGAGGAACGUCUCGGAAGCCGUCAGCCACCUUCUCACACCACUUGGAUUUGGGGUUGCACGCAAGCUGGAAACAACCAUCAGGCUCCAAGUCAUGAGACCGAAAGACCCGCUGCUACGACAGGAAACGUCUGGAGUCGUUUACCGGAUCUGGUGCUGCUGUGGACAGAGAAAGCACGUCGGAGAAACUGGUAGAUUACUCCGGACGCGCAUGGCAGAGCGCGCGGCAGCGGUGAAGAGGAACGUUUCCAGCUCUCAUGUAACAGCUCAUUCCACGGAACUCGGCCAUAUUUUUAAAGCGUGGGCGCGAGCGUCCAACUAUUCUGGUGACAGCGGGUCAAAUGGCCGAGUAAUCAUCAUGUCAACAUCCAACACGGGUGAUGAUAUUGCGGCAAUUAACCACUCGGGCGCGGACUGACGAGCCAUCAUCGCCUUAAUUAUGACCCCCCGCGGUGGUCCCGAGAGCUGUUAAUUAUGGUACGCACGUGGCCCCGUGGCGGCUACAUACUAUAAAUACUGCAGUCUUUGUGCCUCCACUACCUUUAUCUGCAGCCGUCUCUGAUGCUGGGUUAGAGUGAGAAUCCGAAACGUCAGGCCAAUAAACUUCUUGUUUCAGUGACCGCAUCUUCUUCUUCUUCUUCUUCUUCUUCUUCUUCUUCUGAACUGCCUCCUGGAACUAACCUGUUCGCUUUUAUCAACAUGAAGAUUCCCAAAUCACAAGGCAGGGAAGCUGGAUUGGGUUAGACAAACUUUACUUUUGCGAAGGAGCCUACACGAGACUUAGCAAGCAGCUGCAACAAGUCGUCCCUUUAGGAGCGUUUGUCUGCCAGUGUUCAGCCUUGAGGUUACUGCCCUUUAGCGUGUGCGCGCUUCUGUUCCAUCCGAGUUGUGUCUGCCUGUUGCCAAUCAGCGAACUAACGGCAACCUACACCAUGUACAUGAUAAGUCGUUUUUGUCAGUCCGAUGCAUUUGAUAUUUGGGGAGACAAUUUAUUUGUACUUGGUUGCGUGUUUGUGUCGGGGUGUCCCCUCCCCAAGACGUGCGGCGUGGUCUACUCGCUGGACCAACGCGUGGGCUAGUUAGGAAUCCCGUAGGCGCAUCCAUAACUUGUCUUUGUUGGUAAUAUCAUUCUACAUCCAUAACUAUUGUCAGCUUUUGAAUAUUGUGGCAGGCCUACUUGAAGGCAUACAUCGCGCUAGUUGAGUUCCAAGCCGUCCCCUGUUUUGUCUUGGUGUUCACACUCUCGGUCAUUUUAAGUUUUGGACCAUGGGGUGUGGUGGUAGUCCUGUGUUCGCUUUUUCAUCCUGCCAGCCACAUGUGCGCUCUUCCGCCUCCGGUCUUCAUGACUCUGUCUUGACACCGGAUCCGGGUGGAGGAGGAGAGGGUGCGGUAAAUGCUGUGAGAGUUUACCGUCUCUAUAAACUAACACGUCAAGUCACUGUCGCUGAUCUCAUUCUACUGCGGAGCACACGGCGGACAUUAUCGGCCACGGAGGCUAAACUUUCGUGGGUGGGUGUGUGGAGUGUGGGGUUGUCCAAUUAUGGGCAGCCGUGAGCGAGUGGUAGGUCGCGCCGUGCAAAUGGGGACUGCUCCUCACAGCCAUUAACUGACACCCAUCUCUCACAUGUGGCUCCCCGAACCUGGGCUUCGAUUAGUGGUCACAUCCCAUAACCCCCUUUACCGGCGGGCUGAACCAGAUGAGGAUGCCCUGUGCUGUGUGUCCCCACGCUCGGUAAUUCUGCUCUCUUCCUACCCUUCUCCUGCCUUUUACUUCAAAAAGUCUUCCCGAAGGAACAACAUGCAAGCCCGUAGAGCUUCAGACUGGGGUCGCUCUCUUACUAAAACAAGACGCAAACCAUUGUGGGGUUCGGGAUGUCUAAGUAGCCCUUUUUAGAAACAGUACUGCUUACCCCGUAGUGGGGGAGAGGUUGGAAAAUGCACUCUAAAUAAAUGCGGAGAAAUCACACCAUCUGAUAGUAUACCGUGGCUUAUAAUACAAAACUCGCAGUUGAAAAACUGCAAUGAACGAAAAUCACUCUCGGUCCCCUAACCUCUGCCUCACCCCACAGGCUGCUAGGGUGAGGCCGCCCAUUCUGGCAGCCUGAAAUGUUCGUUGCCUUGUAGACAAUCCGGGAAGCAACCGACCGAAACGGAGGACGGUGCUAGCCGUUUGGGAACUGGCGCGCUAAAAGGUGGACACUGCUGCACUCCGCGAGGCCCGCUUCUCCGAACAAAGUCAACUAAAGGUUGCGGGUGCCGGCCACACCUUCUUCUGAUGAGGGCGCCCAAAUGGAGAUUGACUCGGUGCUGGCGUAGCCUUUAGCAUUCGGAACGACAUCAUCUGACGACUGCCCUGUUUGCCGCAGAGUGUCAGCAGCCGCCUCAUGAGCCUGCGCCUGCCACCUUGGGAAGCCCAUUUCGCCACCAUCCUCAGUGUCCGCGCUCCCCCCUCCAAUGACCACAGUCGACGAGGCGAGGAACAAAUCCUACGAAGACCUACACGCUCUCUUGGCGACUGUGCCGAAGGUGGGCAGGCUGGUUGUAUUUGGUGACUUCAACGCCCACUUCGAAACAGACCACGUUGGCCGCAGGGAGGCUCUGGAUCCCCAUGGAAUCGCCGGCUGCAACAACGCGGUCUCCUUUUCCUGCGAGUCCGCGCAGAGCACCGCCUCCUGACCAACACCCUCUUCCACUUUCUGAUGCGGAAGAAUGCGACCUGAAUGCACUCCCGAUCGCGGCGCUGGCAGCUGCCGGACUAAUUUCUCGUUCGGUGGCGACUUCGACAGGACAUGCUGGUGACCACGAUAUCUACGAUGCCGACGGUUGGAUGGAUUACCGCCUCGUCACCCCCAUGGUGAGGCUCCGACUGCGACUGCGCAGUGGACCACAAGGUAAGCGACCACCAGGUAAGUUAGAUACUGCUCUAAAGUUGAGAAACUCCCCCUUAAGAAAUUCAAUAGACAGCUUGGCGAACGUAAGUCUACUUUCGACAAAUUUUCUUCAGGCCUGCACAUCUACAUUGUUAUUAAAAUAAAGAAUAAAAAGGUGAGGGCAGGUAGAGAAUUAUGAAAUUUUCGAAAAACAGAAAAUGAGGAGGAUCAUACAGGUGAGGUUGGAGCACAUCCGAAUGGUUGUUUUAGAAGAUUUAAAGCCGAUAGCUUCAUAAGCGAAAACGGCGUAGAGCGUCACUGUCCCGUCGGUACGCAUAUUUCUCGGCUGUGCGGCCGGCCGAAGAUCAACGAAGUUGACGCGCCGGUUCUUUCACUCCCCGAUAAGAGGAACCCGCCGUACCAUGCGAUAGCGAAAUGACAAGCGCAGAAAUUUAAGUCGCGAAGUAUCAGCUAGUGUCACAUAGCUUUGAGAGACCUUUGAAUUCGUUGACGGCGUGAAAGACCUCGGUUUGAAUGGAAUGGUUAUGUUUUUGCUACAUGUCUCGUCUCUUUUUACGAACAUACCGGCCACAGAAACAGUCAACUACCUCUGUGAAUCCGUUGCCUCCAAUAAACCGGAUAUAUGAAUGUAGGUGAAUGCCCCCGAGAAAUUGUUAGUGAGUGUACCUUAAACGUGCAGUUCCCAUUUGACAACAAUCUGCAUAGACAGAUGGAUGGAAAAACUACGGGUUCGCCACUUGGCCCCCUUUUGGCGAAUAUAUUUGUGGGCCAGUCAAAAGCCUUCCAGCUUCGUCACCAGAUCAACGGUCUGGGCUACUAUGGGCGCACGUGGAUGGUGUCUUCGCAAAUGCGAGUAAAAAAACGAUGUCUCAGUCCUACUGGAUGAUAUAAAUGGGGCACACACAUCAAGCAACAUCACGCUGGGAGAAGAACGGUCCGGUUCGCUUCUCUUUCUAGACGCGCUUCUGAGCAGAAAUCCUGACGGCAGUAUUCGACGUAGCAUUUAUCAUAAGAAGACGUGGGCUGAGCAAUGAAUCCAUUUUGAGAGUUUCGUACUGCCUAACUUGAAAAGCAAUUUAGUCCCCUGCUUGACAGAAAUGGGUGAGAAGAAUCUGUACGGCUGAUAGCAUUGAGAAAGAGCCUAAGAUUAUUGAAAGUCUUUUUCGGGUACCCCGAUUAAUUCAUUGCUAAGACCAUGGCCAAAAGACCACCAAAGCCCCCGAUACUGACAGCAGGAAAGAAAAGGCUAUUCAUCAGGGUCCCAUUUCAAUGGGACGCGCAAACUGAACAUUCAGAAGGUGCCUAACUCAAGCUGUAUCACAGACCUUUCCAGCAACCGACACCAAUGUACUGUUCUCCACUAGUCCCAUCCUAUACGGAGAGGGCAAGGACAAACUAGCAGCUCAAACCCGUUUCAUGUGUUUUUACUCCGUCACUUGCUCCUGUGGGGCAGAAUAUAUUGGUCGCACGAGUCGACAUUUUUUUAAAAGAAUAAGAGAGCAUCUUCCAGCAUGGUUAGAAAAGGGUUAAAUAAGGAAAAUUAACAGCUUUAUCCACGGGCACAUGGUAGACACAUACCACCCUAUAAAUGCCACAGAAGCCUUCGGAGUGAUUUGCAAGGUUUCGUCAAGCCAUCCAAGACCACUUAGACAGUGUCCGUUGGCUACAGCAAAGGUGGCUGCAGUCAGGUUACACAAACCGGUCCUGUGCACACAGAGGAACAUGAUACAGUCCCCACAGUUCCCAUAACCCAAAGCCACCAAGCCAACCACUCGCAUAUGAUUACAUUUCCCGGUUAGCACUCUCCCUCUGACACAGACUGUAAUUUUGGUGUUUCACUUUCUCUCCCCCCCCCCUAAAACCGAUUUACAGAAAAGUUAUCUACUUGUCCGCAUCUUUAUAUUCACUAUCUUAAUAGUAAUAUAAGUGCAGUGACUUGAAGAUAAUUUGUCGAAAGUAGACGCACGCUCGCCAACUUGUCUUUUACAGUUCUGUUUUUCAAAAUUUGUUUACUUGGGAAAAGCUCAUGCUGUAUAAUGCCUACAUGGAGCCACACUUUUAGCGGAGAAAUCGCAAUUUCAGAAACGUUGGGCAGAGACUUCGAAAGUGUCUUCAACCGCCUCCUUACAGUCUCAGACGCUGUCAUCGACCGACUCCCUUAAGUAAAAACAAACAACGACCUUAAUCUCCCAUCUUUUCUCCCAGAAAUAAUCAUAGCCGUAUCCCAAUUGUCUAGCAGUAAAGCACCGGGAUCUGGCGUGAUUUCGACCGACGUCUAAAAGGACGGCGGCUCCACCUGAGGAAUCACUUGACAUGACUGUUUCAGGAGAUGUGGCGUCGAGGACAGGCUCCUCAGGAUUUCGACGAUGUGACAUUCGUCCAUUUCUACAAGCGAAAAGGAACCAACAACCCCGUGAUAACUACGGAGAAAUCUCGCUGCUAAACAUCACCGGCAAGGUCUUCGCUCGCAUUCUUCCCAUCUAUCUCAGCGACCAACCCGAAGAGGAAUUACCGCCGAAAAGCCAGUGUGAAUGCAGAUAAAACCGCAGAACCAUUGAAGUUGAAAUCGCCGUCCGACAGCUGCAAGAGAAAUUCCCUGAAAUGCAGACCCACCUCUACACUGCCUUAGUGGACGUGACAGAAGCCUUCGACUCGGUGAAUCGCGAUGGGAUGUAAACAGUCAUGCAGAAACUCGGCUGUCUUAAACGAUUCACGCUCAUGCUGAUUCAGAUUCACGGCCGGAUGAUGGCGCGCGUCACGAACAACCUGAAUGUCUCAGAAGCAUUUGCAGUAACUGACAGAGUAAAACAGGACUGCACAAUCGCCCACUCUCUCCAAUCUCAUGUUUUCUGCAACGCUGACGACGCCUAACGUGAUGAGCGCCCGGGAUCCGCACCGCCUACAGGAUCGACGACCAGCUUCUCAGUAGCCGGCUCAUGCAGGCCUCGUCGAGUCUCCCCACAAUUAGGAUUCACAACCUGCCCUUCGCGGACAAUUGCACGCCCAACACAGUGAAGGACGGUGGCGAGCAACGGAGUAUGACCCUGAAAAAUCUGACAAAGUCGCUGUGUCAAGAGCUUUAUUCGCCGGACACUUCGGAUUCUCCUCGAUUUCAUCAUGGAACAACAUCAUAUACGGGAUAGUUCAUACAGAAGGAACUGCAGUAUUUUUAGGAUUUAGUCACGGCUCUCCCUUCAAUAGGAAUUUUCGCACUUGGUGUGCUGAUUGUUCGAUGGCCGACAUUCGACUCACUAAUCUCUGCAAUUUCAUCAUUUGUAUUGGAUGUUGGUGUGAUGAUUGCUCGGCCAUCUAGCUCAUCGAUUCUGGCGUUGGGAAUGGUGUUCACCUGCCCACUCACCUUAUGGCUAAUUUCUCUGCCCAGGCACUUGCUAAUAGAAUAGGGGUCAGUGAACCGUAACUCCAACAGUUCGCGGUUCAAUUAAAUGUCACCUCUAGCGAGAACUUCGGCGUCAUCGAAUGCAAAUGCUGAGCCGGAUCUCGUCGAAUGAGCCGCAAAUUAAAAGCUGGUGUAAUUUCUCCGCACUGCUGCCGCUUGCUGGGUUAUUCUCAUUAAGAGAAGUCUUUCGGUUUCUCCGGAGCUGUUACUUUAUCCAAAACUACACCAGAUCCGAUAAACAACUCCAGACGUUUCUCUCCAUGACAAUAGGUCUUUUGAUCUCAUUAUCUGAUGCCAGAGGGCUGAAUCCGAUCCCUGUGCAUGUCAAACUCCAUAUGGUGCAAGAAGGCGACUGACAACUUCCAAAACGUUCUUAGCGUACUGAAGAGCUCGCAAAAAUUUGGGAUCCUUGCGGCUUGCCCAUUUGUAUCAUUUGCGUAUGCACAUGCUGACGAAGCUGAGCGGGUAGCCAUUUUUUUGAACAACGGUCGAAGGUAUUAUAAUUCGGAAAUCUUGUCCUCCGGCUCACUGUAGUGGGUCUAGACACACCAAUAGGUCCUCCUUACAUAACUGCGUUUGUGGCUUAUUUGGUGGUUGCCGUUGAAGUUCAGUACAUGGGUCGUGUUUGUUGCUCUCCUAAAAACUUUAGUCUUCAGGCCACCGCAAUCGUUGCGGCAUACGAGGGUAUACAGGAAGGCCAGGUGUUUGGCCUCUUUCUCCCUCAUCGUAAAUUGUAUGGUGGGGCAGAUAGCAUUGAGUUUUUUUCUGACAGCCACUGAUUCCGGUCGAUAACGAGACGGUAUCAUCCACAGCACAAGCCAGAAUUUCUGCCUGUGGUGUCGAAAGACGAGCGGCUGGUCCGAUGGCACAGCCUCUUCGUCGGCACUAUUUCUGGAGAGACAUUAAGGGCAGAGUCCGCCUGCCAAAUUAGAUCAUGGUAUCUUUAGAUGUCACGUCCUUCUUUACUCCCUUUCCUCAGGAUUUGGCAAUCGAGACCAUCGAGCUACUUCUACAAGACAAAGACGAUGAAAGGGAUAAUCGUCUUAGACAAACUCGAGUCCUCCAGUUCCUGGAGUUCUGUCUGUGGACGAACGUCACGUUCGGUGAAAUAAAAUACGAGCAGAGAAAGGCACAAAAAUGAGUUCGCUGAUUUCGGGCGGCCCUGCAACGACUGGGGCUGCUGAACCCAUUGCCAUGGAGAGAAAAGUCUGGAGUUGUUUAUCGGAUCUGGUGUAGUUUUGGAUAAAGUAACAGCUCCGGAGAAACCGAAAGACUUCUCUUAAUGAUAAUAACCCAGCAAGCAGCAGCAGCAGUGCGGAGAAAUUACACCAGCUUUUAAUUUGCGGCUCAUUCGACGAGAUCCGGCUCAGCAUUUGCAUUCGAUGACGCCGAAGUUCUCGCUAGAGGUGACAUUUAAUUGAACCGCGAACUGUUGGAGUUACGGUUCACUGACCCCUAUUCUAUUAGCAAGUGCCUGGGCGGAGAAAUUAGCCACAAGGUGAGUGGGCAGGUAAACAUCAUUCCCAACGCCAGAAUCGGUGAGCUAGAUGGCCGAGCAACCAUCACACCAACAUCCAAUACAAAUGAUGAAAUUGCAGAGAUUAGUGAGUCGAAUGUCGGCCAUCGAACAAUCAUCACACCAAGUGCGAAAAUUCCUAUUGAAGGGAGAGCCGCGACUAAAUCCUAAAAAUACUGCAGUUCCUUGUGCAUGAACUACCCCGUAUAUGAUGUUGUUUCAUGAUGAAAUCGAGGGGAAUCCGAAACAGAGAAAGGAGAAUCCGCUUUAUUUUGAAGUAUAAAUUGAAAAGUUUCAGCCAAAAAGCCUCAUUGACGGCGGACAGAAUAGAAAUUAACAAAGUUCUCGAGAGUCGGAAUUGUUUUACACAGAAACGAACGAAUGUUAUGGCGGCAAUUCAAGUCUUACCUUCUGUAUUUCUAUCUCUUCACACGUAAGAUAGUUAGCCAGGAACGGCAAUGCAAAAUGCUGACAUGCCGAUGUAUGGCACGGCGCCCGGGGCUGGAGGACUUCGCAGAGAUAAGUUCUGAAUUUAGGGGAUGGACAGCGUCAUCGAGAAUUUGCUCAGCAAAUUGCCUGAUCGUUUUGAAAUUUUGUCACAUGACGAUAUCGGCUAAAAUACAUAAGAAACGCCAGCGACUGUGGAGGGAAUUUGUAGGACUCGUUUAAAAAUUUACAUAUCUAUUUUGAUCAAGGCAGGAAAAAUGACAUGAGAACAAUAAAGAAUAAGCGGAAGAAUGUAGGCAUCUAUAAAUUGCCAGGUUAAGGGUUGAGGUGUGUCGUAGGAGCGUAACGACGCAUGCAAUAAAGAAGUUUACAAACUCUAGUGAACAGGGUCUUACUAUGGAGGGAAAACGAAACAUUUGAUGACAGAGUAACACAAAGGUACUUGAAAGAGGAUACCUCGUUUGGAAGUAUGUCAAAGAAUUCUGGACUAGAAGAGGGUCGCAGUCAGAAAAUACAUUGGACUGAUUUCUGAUUACACCGUGCGAGUCUAUUUUUCUGCGACAUACUACGAUAAGGCCAUACUACAAGGCCAUCCUUCGGAGAUUAUAGAUGUGUCCGAUUUUGAUAUGGUCUACAACAAUCAUAUCAUCAGCAUAUUAACUAAGACACAGUGGUUUGGGGAUCUUAAAUCAUCUGUGUGGAAGGAGAAGUGGUGAGGGGAUAAAAUGGAACCUUGAAGAACUUCACAGUCAUUGGGAAGGACCGUGGAUUCCAGCUUGUUGAGCUGAAAGAAUUUAGGUGAAUAAAGCUGUUGUCAUAGCGAUCAUGUCCUUUUCUUCAAGGCUGCUCCCUGGAUCUCGCCUCUUUGCUGCUAUAGUAGCAUGGACGGACUCGACUCCAGCUGCGCCACUUUCGGAAUGACCAUCAACGCGGAUAAUGCAGUGGUCAUGCAUCAAUCGCCACAGCACUACAUACAUUGCCCCUUUAAUUCACAUCAACGGCAUCCAUCUUCAAACCGUGAAUAAUUUCUCCUAAUUAUGCAGCACACUCUUACGCUGCGACAGCGAAGUGACCCACCGGGUUUCCACAGCCAAACGAAGCUUCGGCCGAUUGCAGAACUCAGUACAUAAUCGCCACGGUCUUCACCUCAAAAUUGAACUGAAUAUUUACAAAUCUAUCAUUUCGAAGGCGCUGCUGUAUGAUGCGAAGUCCUGGGCGGUCUAUAAGAAACAACCGCAGAAAAACCAAUCACUCCCACCUUAGUUGUCUCUGGCAGAUCCAAAGUCUGAGGUGGAAGGAUGGGAUCCCGGACAUAGAAGCUUAGGAACUGACUGGAAUCUUCGUCAUCUGCGCCACGCUGAGACAACUGCAAUUACGAGGGGGCGGCCGUCUGGUGUAAAGGGAUGAUGACCCUCUGCCAAAACAACUCCUCACGGAGAUUUCGCCGCGGGUGCUCGCCGACAAGGAGGUCAAACCUGCCACUACAUAAACACCUUGGAGAAUUCCUCAAGGCGGCUACAAAUCACGCUGAGGACUUGGGAACACCUCACACCGAACCGACUGGCCUGAAGAAGAACAGUAAAGAUUGCAGCAGCCAUCUAUGAGGCCAACCAGAUCACUGCAGCCAAAUCCUAAAGGGAUACUUGCAAGCCUCAGGCGUCUCUGACCCGCAAUACCAACCCUUAACGCCUCCCGACAUGCCAAUGCUGUCAACGAACAUUCCGCGCGCGGAUCGGCCUCGUCGGACAUCCCCGGACUCAAUGCACUAGCCAGUCUCUACCUACCGCUGCUUCCCCGGCCGCCCCUGCUUCAACCCUCACGUCGUCCAAUGCGACGACCGUCCUCACCACCAGCACUCAACAUCUCCGUGUCCUGCUGCCGCCGAUUAUCGCCAUCUCCAUCGUCCCUGCCAAAACCUCCGCGGCGACGUCGGCAGCCACCACAGCUCCCAAUUCCAACCCCGAAGAAAACGCUCCCGACGGCCAGCCAAUCACUACCCUCACCAUUACCACCUUAUCUCCAGCGCUGUGGACUCGCUCCUAA